CCUCUCGUCGCACCUCUCGCUUCUCGCCUUCGAAUUGAAGUUGACGCACUUCCUCGAAGAUCUCGUGAAGCCACUGCCGAGAAUUAUUUCAAAGCCUCAUUUGACUCGCUUCUGGGUCAACCUUUCACACAGUACGAGAACAAGCAGGGCCUUGCCAUGGAGGUGGAUGCCAAUGCCGGUGGCGGUGGCGGCUCUCUCGUCCUGCUGAAGCAAGGUGCAGAAGCUAGAGUUUUCGAGUCCAAUUUUGUGGGAAGGAGGUGCAUCAUCAAAGAGCGCUUCUCAAAGACGUACCGGCAUCCGUCCCUGGACUCAAAACUCACUUUGAAGCGCUUGAAUGCGGAGGCUAGGUGCAUGACGAAAGCUAGACGCUUGGGGGUCUCGACUCCUGUUCUGUAUGGUGUGGACCCAGUACUGCAUACUCUGACGUUUGAAUACGUGAAUGGCCCAUCGGUCAAGGAUGUGUUUCUCGAGUUUGGAUUGCAUGGUGUCGUGGAAGAGCGUUUGGUUGAUAUCGCUGCGCAAAUUGGCGAUGCGAUUGGGAAGCUUCACGAUGGAGGUCUGGUUCAUGGAGACCUGACCACUUCCAACAUGUUGAUCCAGAGCAGCACCAAUCAGCUGGUUCUUAUUGAUUUUGGUCUGAGCUUUACAUCAACACUUCCAGAAGAUAAAGCUGUUGAUCUGUAUGUACUUGAGAGAGCGCUGCUUUCUAUGCAUUCGUCCUGUGGAAAUGUGAUGGAUCGGAUACUUGCUGCAUAUCGGAAGUCCUCGAAACAGUGGUCGUCUACAUUAAACAAACUAGCUCAAGUGCGGCAAAGAGGUCGAAAGCGUACGAUGGUUGGAUAACGAAGUGCACUGCAAUUCCUGUGGUGAAGACAUUGAUAAUUGAGCAACUGAUAGCUGGAUGGGCUAUAUUAUGCUUCGGUUAUGGUAAUUGUAUUUUCUGUUAAGAACCGCUAAUUUCCAGCGGUGACAUAUUAAUAGACAGUGUAUGACGAUUGGUUGUCCAUUAUUUUCUUUGGCCUAUCGUGGUUCCCUGAAUUUCAGAAAGCAGAUAACAUAGAUUGGAUGACUUCUGAUAGCUUCAGUCCUUCGAACCUGUUUAAUUUAUUGACAUGAUUUAGGGAAUUUGAAGUAAUCAUGAAAAGCAGAAUGCUUUAUCCAGCACAUCUGAAGCCA